AUGAACGCCGGCGGUUGUAAUGACAUGCUGCCACUCGAGUUAGAGGAAGACUCAGCAGCAAACUACCAGCAUCAGCCCAUCCUGCAAGAUUUUUCAUACUACUCAAAUGUUCCUCCGAAACAUAUUGUGGAAGGUCAAAAAGCUGUUCGGAGAAGACUAAGAAAUAAGGGGACAAAAGAUUCGGCUGCUAAUUCUUUAGGUAUGAGUACUCUAAGGUAUCGUCAACUCCAAGAACAAUCCAAGAAAACAAAGGAAACCAUCAAGAGUGAUCGAGAGAGUGAUAUCAUGCACAUGUUACGAAUUUUACGAGGUCCUGACAUGGAUAGACACUCUUGUAGUAAUAGUUCUGAUUUUUCAAAUGCUCAGCAAGAAGAAACUCGAUCAGAUUCAUCUUCUCUCAGCUUUUUAACAAAAUGUGCUUCUUCUCCAGUCGCCAAAACUCGAGAGGCACAAGAACAGGAAGCAAAGCUUGCAAAAUUAACUCCAAAAGAAGAGUUAAUGCCUCCUAAACAAAAAUUAAUGAUUAUUGAAAAUAGAAUUGCUAGGUUGAAAGAUUUACAAAUGCACCAAGCGGUCAUAGAUUUGAGAACCUUGGCAAUCGCAUUAACACGAUUAGUUUAUGGAUCUCAAACAGUUCGAUUAGCUGAGCAUUAUAUGGAUAUCGGAGACACGUAUACAAAAAUGAAAGCUUUUGAACAAGCAAGCUCUUAUUUAAGGAAAGGUUUAAUGUUUUUGACAAAAAUUGUGACAAAUAUUAAUCACCAUCAAACAUCAUCAACCAGACUUAUCAACGAAGACGCUCCAGAACCUCUUAACUUCGAACAGGAAUACACAGACGCGCGUCGAUUACUUCCACAUGUUCUUCUUGCGCUUGGAAAAUGUUAUGUUGAGCAAAACUGUAUGAAAGAAGCACAUGGUUGUCUCAAAGAAGCAGAGAGGCAAAACGAUGCGCUAAGAGAGGAAGACAGAGAUCCAACUAUCACGUUUGACAUUUCUCUUCAGCUUUCAUACUUGUACACGAGACUGGGGAGAUACGACGUGUCUCUCAGUCAUUUAAUUAAUGCAUGGGAAACAAAAUUACAAAUGACUGGAAGUCAACAACAUCCAGACAUUGCAAAAAUUUUUUCGAGAAAUGGCAGCUCAAAAAAAGUGUAUGAAGAAAUUGGUACUCCUGUUGCUCUUUAUAAUGCAGAUGUUAUAUCUUACACCAUUGCAAACUUGUUUGACGAAAUGAACAACUUUGAAAAAGCUAGUUUUUACUACGAAGCUUCAACUAGAGGAAUUGAAAAUUAUUUCGGACCUUAUGAAAAGAAAACGAUCAAAGUGUAUGAACGCUUCGCAAGAGCAGUUCUAGAACAAGCUCAAUCUCAAAACGACGACAAAACUCUGUAUGAUAAAGCAACCUCUCUCUACAAGGAAUUAUUGAAAAGAAAGUUACGCGUCUAUGGGAAUGACUCUCCUGAAGCAGGUAUUACUCUUGAAAUUUUAGGAGAUAUACAAUUCACGUUGGAAGACUAUGCAAACGCUCUCUUGUAUUAUGAUAAGGCAUGGUUAAUUGCUGAUGAAGUUUAUGGUCCUCAAGACGAAACAAUCUCACUUCAAGAAAAACGAAACACCACCAAAGAAAAAGCAAAACAAAAGGAAGAAGAAGACUUAAUGUCGUGA